AUGGACCUUGAUUUAGCACUCCGUGUGGAUGAGCCAGCUGUGCCCACGGAAUCAAGUCCCGCUGUGGAAAGGAUGGGCUAUGAGCGAUGGGAGCGAUCCAAUCGUUUAAGCCUAAUGCUCAUCAAGGCAUAUGUUAGCAAGAGCAUUAGAGGCUCUAUUCCACAGUGUGAUAAGGUAAAGGACUACAUAAAGGCCAUUGAAGAGCAAUUUGUUAGUUCUGACAAGGCAUUGGCUAACACCCUUCUGAACAAGUUGUCAAUGAUGAAACAUCCCAAAUCUAGGAGUGUGCGUGAGCACAUAAUGGAGAUGAGGGACAUUGCAGCCCAACUCAAGUCCCUAGAGAUUGAGAUUUCAGAGUCUUUUCUUGUUCAUUUCAUGCUCAACUCUCUCCCUGCAGAAUAUGGACCAUUUAAAAUAUCAUACAACACACAUAAGGAAAAAUGGUCCGUUAAUGAACUUCUGACUAUGUGUGUGCAAGAAGAGGAGAGGUUGAAGCAUGAAAAUCUAGAGAGUGCUAAUUUUGUCACUCAUUAA